UUUUAUCCAUCUCCGUUGUCGAUAUUUUGUUGUUGAUCGAACGAACAUCUACUUUCGUUUUCAAUUCUUAUAACUAGCCAACGACAACAAAUUAUAAGUUAACUGAUGGCUGUCUGUGAAACAAAAUCAGGUGACUGGCGUGAUGAUAAAACCUUAGCAGAAUGCAUGAGGCACAUGCUGAAGAACGAGAUUAUGUGUGACGUCACACUGAGGGUAGGGGAAGGACGAACACCAAUGAAAGCACAUAAAUAUAUGUUGGCUAGUCGGAGUCCGGUAUUCCACACUAUGUUUGAGGGUUCUAUGCCAGAGACAGGAGAGAUAGAUAUUCCUGAUAUUGAAGAAAGCACCUUUAACAAUAUUUUAGCGUACAUAUACACUGACGAAAUAGUGGUUACUAAUUCAAACGUGACUGAAUUGCUGUAUGCAUCUGACAAGUACAUGUUAUCAAAGGUAAAGCAAGAUUGUGAGAAGACCUUAAAGAAGACAGCCACGUCCGAACAUGCAGCUAAAACUUUACAAACUGCAUACAAAUAUCAUCUGCCUGAUCUUUUACAAGAAAGCCUUCAUCACAUUGAAAUGGAUACAAAAAAAUGUCUCCUCUCAGAACACUCGUUCAGCCUUCCAAUAGAAUGUGUAGAUAUGAUUUUAAAAUCCGAUUAUUUGUCCUGCAGUGAAACCGAUGUAUGUCAAUUUUUCCUAAAAUGGACCAAGGCUCAAUGUGAUUUACAGAAGAUUGAAGCAACCGGCCAAAACAUGCGGAAUCUUGUUGGACAAACUUUGUAUCAAAUACGAUUUCCAGUUGUUGACAUGGAUUUCUUUUCGAAAGAGAUAGCAAAUACAGACUUCUUGUCAAGUGAUGAAAUGAUAGCCAUUUAUCGUUUCCAGUAUGGAAUUAAAACUUCGAUAUUUAAUAAUAACAAAAGAGGAGGACCUAUCGAAAAAAGACAAGUCCACACUGUAACGAGGUACACUGAUUCCUCAGACUUCUAUGACGAAAGCGAAGGGACAGAGGCUUUAAUCUUCCAAGCUGAUACAGAUAUCUGGCUUAAAGGGGUCAAUCUAUUUCCAUAUAACUCUUAUGAGACGGAAAUUAACUUUAAAAUAUUAGAUGAAACCAACGAGGAAAUUAUUGUCCAUAAAACUGAAAAAGAUGUGAAUUAUGGAUACGAUUCACCACAACUUAUAGUGCUCCCAAAACCAGUUCAAAUUUUAUCCGGAAAGGAAUACACCAUAACUACACAAAAUUCUACAGAGGGUAUGUACUAUGGUGUAGAUUGUAGUCAUUCAGUGAAAGCAUCAGAUUGUGACGUUUCAAUAACAUUCAAGAAUUCACCAAUGUGUACAGGUAUAUCAAAUGUAGACGAAGGACAAUUUGCUGGUUUUACAUUUUUUGUGUAAAUUAAGUAGAGUGGACAUAUUUAAAAAAAAAAAAAAAAAAAAAGGUUAAAACUGUUAUUUGGUAGCUUGUGCUACUUUUAUGAAUAAUAAACGUGUAAAACCUAGUUUAACUUUUUAAAUUAGGUUUUGGUCAGAUCUAUAUUUAAAUUAGUCUGUACA